UGCCCAGCACCCCCGAGAUCGACCUGGCGGAAUCGCUGGUGGCCGAUAACUGUGUGACGCUGGCCUGGAGGAUGCCCGACGAGGACAGCAAGAUCGACCACUACGUGCUGGAGUAUCGCAGGACCAACUUCGAGGGGCCGCCCCGUGCCAAGGAGGACCAGCCCUGGAUGGUGGUCGAGGGCAUCAAGGGCACCGAGUACACCCUCUCCGGGCUGAAGUUUGACAUGAAGUACAUGAAUUUUCGGGUACGGGCGUGCAACAAGGCUGUGGCAGGCGAGUUCUCUGAGCCAGUCACUUUGGAAACUAGAGCGUUCAUGUUUCGGCUGGACGCCAGCACCUCCCACCAGAACCUGCGCGUGGAGGAGCUCAGUGUGGAGUGGGAUGGCACGGGUGGCAAGGUGCAGGACGUCAAGGCCCGCGAGAAGGAUGGCAAGGGCAGGACAGCUUCACCUGCCAACUCACCGGCCAGGGUGGUGCAGUCGCCCAAGAGGAUGCCCUCGGGGCGCGGGGGCAGAGAUCGCUUCACUGCCGAGUCCUACACAGUUCUGGGUGACACGUUGAUCGAUGGGGACGACCACUACUGGGAGGUGCGGUACGACCGGGACAGCAAAGUUUUUGGCGUGGGGGUGGCAUAUCGCAGCCUGGGCAAAUUCGAUCAGCUGGGGAAGACCUCAGCCUCCUGGUGCCUCCACCUCAACAACUGGCUGCAGGUCAGCUUCAGCGCCAAGCAUGCCAACAAGGCCAAGGUGCUGGACGUGCCCGUGCCUGACUGCAUCGGCGUCUACUGCAACUUCCACGAAGGGCUCCUGUCCUUCUACAAUGCCAGGACCAAGCAGCUGCUCCACACCUUCAAAGCCAAGUUCACGCAGCCGUUGCUGCCUGCCUUCACG